UGUGUGGUAAAGGCCUCUUUAAUUUCGUCGUUUAAUAGUAUGAAGUAAUUAUAACUUUCUGUAGCAUUCGUCAAAAUCAUUAACAGCACAUUAAGUAUUGACAUUCCUCAACUCGAAUAUCAAAUGCGUCUUUUACGAUGGCAAUCUUCGCGUGGAUAUUCGAGAAACUCCUAUUCCCAACCCCCGAGCCAGUUCAGGCCCUUGUCCAUAUGGCUGUGUCUGGAACGAACCCAAGAGGUUGGAAAUGGCGUAGGAUAGGAGAUUUUACAAGCAGCGAGCAUAAACAGGAAAUAGCCAAGAUAUUCUGUUCCCAUCCAACCUCGCUGCGAAAUCAACUGACUCCUACCCGUAAGUUAGCUGGACUUCGCUUUGGGAUAUAUCAUGUUACCCGGUAGUCGAGA